CAUACAUCAAUGUAGUUUUAUAGAAUCCAGUGACAAUGUUAACAAAAUGUCAAAAAUAAAUCCGUUAAACGGGACGUUUCCCAUGGUCCGGAUAAAGCGUGGGGCGUUUUAUAUAGGCAGGGAUUCCGUCCACCGUGCCACUGUCAAACGAGACCUCAUUGUGAGCACACGCCUAUUCCAUCAGUGUAACUUGUGUCUAAAUAAUAAAGUAAUAUCGUGUAAACAAGGAUAAUGAGCGAGUAGGUGGGGUCGGCAAGGCGUCUGCCUCUCCUUUUUUUCUCGAGAUCUGGGCGGCGCGAAGAACACGCCUCACAGCCCACGCAUCCGAACGCAGCGCGGCCAAACACGCUCUACACGACCCGACGGCAACCGUAUAAACAAACAAUUUAAAAAACAGUUCGAAAUUUGAAACGUCGUGACGGAUUCAACGCUUAUCUUUUUUUUUCUUGUUAUCUUUAUAAUUGCCAGCCAGGACGUUAAUUGCUCAAACCGGAGUUCGGUUGUUUUAUGUGAGUUUUGAAGUGCGCGCGCUUGUUUUGCGGUGAGAUUGUCAGUGAAGCGGAAACGAUGAGCUCUCGGGGCCAGGUGGUGUUGCCAACAUGAAGCACGGUAUCGACGAAGAGCACAGAAUGCGCAAAAACCCUCGGGCAAUCAUUUUGUUGCUGUUCAUUUUGUUUUGUAAAGCAAGUUCCCGACACAACAUGGCGCCCAACCACCUCCUCAAUUCCGCUCUGACCUGCCGCCUAGUCGGAGGGCUGACCAGAGAGCAGAGAGCCACGUGCCACGAAGCGCCUGACGCCGCCGCCAUAGCGUUCGAAGGUCUACAGCUGGCGGUCAGAGAAUGCCAGCAUCAGUUUCGGUGGCACCGCUGGAACUGCUCUAGUCUGGUGGUUAAAGGCAGCAAUCCACAUGCAAGCGCUAUUAUGAAAAGAGGCUUCCGCGAGUCUUCCUUUCUGUACGCGCUGACCGCCGCAGGAGUGGCGCACGCCGUCGCCCGCGCCUGCGCACAAGGCAGACUGCUCUCCUGCAGUUGCGACCCCCUCGGCUACCCCUCCUACCCCAGGGACAGGAGGGCCCAGAAGUGGGAGUGGAGCGGGUGCUCGCACAAUCUGGCGUUCGGGGUCGAGUUCUCGAAGAAGUUUCUGGAUUCGAGAGAGAAGGUGGACGAUUUGCAGUCGAGGAUUAAUGUGCACAACAAUGAUGCUGGACGGUCGAUCCUGUCAUCCCACAUGGAGGUUAGAUGCAAAUGCCACGGCCUCUCCGGCAGUUGCCAGCUGCGAACCUGCUGGCGGGCCACGCCUGACUUCAGAGUGGUGGCUUCGACUAUCAAACGACAAUAUAGGAAGGCUCUAAUAGUAGCACAAGAAGAGCUCAACAACGGGUUUUCCGUACUACGUGGACGGCCCAGGGGUAAAAGGCGGAACCGAGCGCGUCCAGCUCCCAAAACUAGUCUCCUGUUCUUUGAAAAAUCCCCAAGCUUCUGCGAAGUGGACCCGAAGACGGACUCCGCCGGUACCUCGGGCCGCGUCUGCCGGAUCGGGCGGACCUCUCGCUCCGGCUCCUGCGACCUGCUCUGCUGCGGUCGAGGCCACGCCCUCAUCAGGAAGUCUAGCAUCAAGCCCUGCAACUGCACGUUCCAUUGGUGCUGUCGGGUGGACUGCCAGAAGUGCAGGGAUGAUAAAUGGGUGGCUGUGUGCAAGUGA